AUGUGUUCACUACACCAGGGUAUUGAUAUCGCCAAGAAGCACGUCAAGAACGGUCAGCGUACCGCUCCCAAGAGCCAGGACCCCUACCUCCUGCUCCUGGUUAAGAAGGGACGCAUGGACGCUUCGUUUGGAGUGUGGGAACUUUCAUCGGAUCUUUGCAGGAUUGCAACACGGAAUGCAGGAGCCAUUGACGGGAGCGAACUCUACCGCUUCCUUGCCCGCCGCACGGACAGCCGCUUCAACAAGGCCGUCCUCCGCCGCCUGUAUAUGUCCAAGAUCAACCAGCCCCCUGUGUCGGUCUCGCGCGUCAUCUACCUGACCAAGUCGCAGGGUGGUGUUGCCGCCUCGGCUUCCGAGACCCCCAAGACCGUUGUUGUUGUCGGCACCAUCACCGACGACAACCGUGUUCUUGAGCUGCCCAAGCUCUCGGUUGCUGCCCUCCGCUUCACCAACACCGCUCGUGCCCGCAUUGAGGCUGCUGGCGGUGAGUGCCUCACCCUCGACCAGCUCGCCACCCGUGCGCCCACUGGCUCCAACACCGUGCUCAUCCGCGGCCAGAAGAACGCCCGCGAGGCCGUCAAGCACUUCGGCUUCGGCCCGCACAAGAACAAGAAGCCCUACAUCCGCGCCAAGGGCCGCAAGUUCGAGAAGGCCCGUGGUCGUCGUGCCUCGCGUGGCUUCAAGGUGUAA